GUGAACACGUUGUUGUCAACAACAGCUGGCUAGAAGAGAAGUGUCAGUGGAUGUUUUGGUAGUUUGUCCAGCUCUUCGGAUUAGUUUCACGUUUUUGGCGAAUGGAGUGUAGAUUUUGAGACCUUAUAAUGACCGGUUUGUUUUAAUUAGCAGCUAUGGUGAUAAAAUGAUGUGAAGCGAGGCUAACGUUGGCUGGCCGAAUGUUGUUCAGUCAGAAGUUGGCUAUUUCCGAGCUAGCUCCUGCGUAGUUAGCUAACGGUGGUUCAGUGGGGAUAGGCUGCUAUUAUUGUGACCGUCCAACAGCCUGCGGAGGAUUGUGGGCAGCCAAAAGACAUCACGACUGUUAAACGUCCUUGAACGUUCAGAGGUCUCUCCAUUAUUGGACGCUAAGGAGUCUGAGAUUUAAUUAAAAUGGAUCUGUUUGAGGGUAACAGUACAGAGCGAGCGAACCUGCCGAGGAACAUGAUUGAGAACAGCUUGUUUGAGGAAGAACCUGAUGUUGUGGAUUUGGCCAAAGACUCCACCGUGUUUCCAGCGUUCCCUUCUCUUGACCCAGAUGAGGUAGCGUAUGAGCCUCGUAGCUCACGGUUACUAGUGCGUGGCCUAGGAGAAAACGACCUGGAUGAGGAUGAGGAGGACUGCGAGUCUUCGGCUCGUCUUCUAGGCAUGUCAUUUAUGAAUCGUAGCGCUGCUCACAGAUCCAGCUCCUCACCUUACACCAGACAGUCUCCCCCCAGGUCAUGUUCUCGACCUUCAGCCCGUACCAUGGUUGUGUGUGUGUUAGUUCUAGUGAUAACGGUGUCUAUGACCAUGGUUCUGUACUUCUUACCUGACUGCACUUUUACCAAGGCUGGAUGUCCUAAAUCUAACCAGACACAAAAUCAGACGGAUGAGGAAGUGUUUCCAUGGGCUCAGUUCCGACUGCCUCGCAGCAUAAACCCCCUCAGCUACGAGCUCACCUUGACCCCCGACCUUGACAACAUGACCUUCACUGGAAGAGCGGUCAUCCACAUGUCUGUUCUUCACAACACAAAACGAAUUGUCCUGCAUGGUGUUGAUCUCCUCAUUCACAAAGCUACAUUCAAGCUGGGUGAUGAGCCUCCGCAUGACGUGACUGUACUGGAGAGCAAACCCAGACAGCAGAUUGCUGUUAAGUUUGAGGAGGAGCUGAAAGUGGGCCAGCUUUGUGUUUUGACUUUGGACUACUUCGCUAACUUCUCCCACACGUAUGAUGGUUUCUACAACAGCUCGUACACGGAUAAAGAUGGAAAGAAAAGGGUCCUCGCAGCAACACAAUUUGAACCAUUAUCAGCCAGAAAGGCCUUUCCUUGCUUUGACGAGCCAUCUUUCAAAGCCACUUUCCUGAUAAAAAUCAACAGAAAGCCAAACUUCAUGACACUUUCCAAUAUGCCCAAGGCAAGAACCACAAACCUCUCCAAUGGCCUCAUGCAGGACGAGUUUGAAAAGACCAGUGUCAACAUGAGCACCUAUCUGGUGGCCUUUAUUGUUGCUAACUUUAUCUCUGUCAGCAAAAAUGUUUCAGGAACCAUGGUGUCCGUCUACUCUGUGCCGGAGAAGACGGGGCACACUGAGUAUGCUUUGGAAACCGCUUCCAAACUGCUGGAAUUUUACAACAAUUUCUUUGAAAUUAGCUACCCUUUACAGAAGCUAGGUAAGCAAGCACCUUCACAUUUCAUUAGAUAUUUGCAAAUAGCGUUUAUUAAUGAGAAGACGCUUUCUCUCUACUUCUUCUCAGACCUGGUAGCCAUCCCGGACUUCCUGGCAGGUGCCAUGGAGAACUGGGGGCUCAUCACUUUUCGGGAGACCACCCUGCUUGUUGGCAAAGACUCCUCUCCUCUAGAAAAACAAGUCGUUGCUUCUGUCAUAGCACAUGAGCUCGCACAUCAGUGGUUUGGGAACCUGGUUACUAUGAGCUGGUGGAACGACCUGUGGCUCAACGAAGGCUUUGCAACAUACAUGCAGUAUAUGUCGCUGCAGACCGUGCUGCCAAACCUUGGUCUUGGUAAUUUAUUUCUGGAUGUGCGGUUCCGAGCCAUGGACAAAGAUGCACUGAACUCCUCCCACGCUGUUUCAACAGAGGUCAAUACGAUAGAACAAGUGGAAGAGAUGUUUGACUCAAUUUCUUAUGAAAAGGGUGCUUCUAUUCUCCUGAUGUUGAACGCUUCUCUACCGGGGGAUCAGCAGUUCAGAAAGGGCCUGAUUCAGUACCUGAAACAGUUUCAUGGAUUAAACACAGCAACCAAUGACCUCUGGAACAGUCUCACACAGGUUGAAGUCACCACACAUCAGCAAAACAUCUCAGACAUGAUGAGCUCAUGGACGUCCCAGAAAGGCUUCCCAUUGGUCACCGUGAGUCAUAAGGGAGGUCUGGUGACCCUCUCACAGGAGCCCUUCCUGCUCACAUCUGACGACAUAAUUCAUAGUUCCAGCUCGUGGAAUAUUCCAGUCACCUAUGUGAACGACAGCUGCAGUUUGGCCCCGACGUGCACACAGGUGUUCUCCCUAAAGUCCAAGUCGGAAACUCUGAAGGUGCCAGAAAGUUUGAAGUGGCUAAAGUUCAACUACAGGAACACGGGCUUCUACAUUGUGGACUAUGGGAAGGAGGGCUGGGAAGCUCUUAUUGGUGAUUUAGUCACAAAUUUCCAGAUUCUGACACCUGAAGACCGGGCCUCACUCAUACACAACAUGUUUGCUCUCUCCAGACUGGGACGUGUCUCAUUCCGUCAAGUCCUCAACCUGUUGAACUACGUGUCCAACGAGACUGAGACGUCUCCUGUGAAAGAAGCUCUGCUGCAGCUCAACAGCAUCCACGGGCUGCUCGAUAAAAGACAGGAGUUUGAUCUUGCAGCUCGCAUGAAGGCUUAUAUAAAGAGUUGUUUUGGGUCUCUGAUGAACAAACAAACAUGGGGAGAGGAGGAGAGUGUGUCCAGACAGGAGCUGCGCUCAGCCCUCCUCAUGACCGCCUGCAAUCUCAACAUAGAUAAUUGUACUCAACACGCCAAAGCCAUGUUCAGAGAUUAUGCUCAGAAUAACACCAUCAGAAUUCCAGGCGAUCUGCAGGCGGUCGUUUUCACAGUGGCUGCUCAGUCGGACGACGACUGGUUCACUUUACUCUCCAUGUACGAGCACUCUACUUAUGAUUCAGAGAAGAGAAAAAUGCUUCAGGGCCUUGCAUCUACUCAGCACACACGCCUUAUUGCACGGAUUCUCAGCGAGGGUCUGAAGGGGGACAAGAUUCAGACACAGGAGCUGCCUCUGAUCAUCAGCACCGUGUGUCGCAGCUUCGCAGGCCAUUUGUUUGCUUGGGAUUUUAUACAAGUGAACUGGGACCGCCUCAUAGAAAAGUUUCCCGUUGGUUCUUAUGCCAUUGGGAGAGUCAUCACAUCUACCACCUCCCAGUUCUCCACACAGACGCGCCUUAAUCAGGUGCAGACUUUCUUCUCUGGUCUGAAUGAGCGCGGCUCUCAGAUGAGGAGCGUGCAGGAAGCCUUGGAAACCAUCAGACUGAACCAACGCUGGGUGGACAAAAACCUGCCUGCUCUUAGAAAAUGGCUCUAGUAAAAUCACUUCAAGCUGUCUUCACCCCCUGAAACAAUCAAAAAGGGGGCGUGUCUACAGAACAGCAGCAGCGUUUGCACUAUCGUAGGACUCUGUCCUUUAACUCCUGUUAUUCAGACUGGAGCAGCAAUCUGUAGUGAAGGUUGUGCUCCAGCAGAGAAGGGUGUUAGAAGUUUAUGAGAAGAAUCCUGUCAGUUGUACUUGAUAGCUCAGGGUGGCUCUGAUUGUGUGUCCAACACAAGUGUUGUCAGAUGCAACGCGCACACACACUCCUCAUGUGUUAUAUGCUGUUGACCAAACCUCUACACAGUCCUCAUCUAGACCUCAUGCCUGAACAGACAAUCGUGCUGUAAAAAAUAAACUCCUUUAGCCCUCCUAAAUCUCAGGCUUCUAACCAUGUGAGCUGUAAAAUGGCUACUUCAGAUAUUGAUGGAUGUUAACACUGCUGUUGUUGUUUGAACCGUUGUAGAUGCAGCCGCUUAGAUAUUUUUUCUGCAGGGAUGGUCAGAAAUAUCUGCAGCUUAAAAGUUGCAGUACUCUGUAAAGCUAGGCUAACUGUGUGGGCUAAGUAUUCGUCACGCUCUGCUAAUUAUUCAUACAAGCUGAAGCAUUUGCUUUAUGGUUGAGCUGGAUUAGAUGACUGAUACCAAUUUUGUGAUGGUAUUUGUUGAAUGUACUGGGAAACCUUUCCACUGUGUACCAGAAAACCAGUGCAGGUUUAAAUCAACAGCCAAUGUGUCUUAUGAGAGUAGACAGUAAUCACUGGAGCCAAAGGGUCUCUUUUAGCCGUAAACACAUUUUAUCUCUGAUUAGUGUCUUUUGCUUUAAUUGAUUUUAUUUUAUUUUUGGCCUGCUUGCUCGUGCUUUUCCAAAACAUGCUUGUAAAGUUGUAACUAUAAUAUAAAUAUGGUCCCUCUUGGGCUUUAGGAAGUAAUGCUUUAAACAUGCUUUUAACCAUUUAAGAUACAAAGUGUGUGUGUGUGUGUGUGUGUGUGUGUGUGUGUGUGUGUGUGUGUGUGUGUGUGUGUGUGUGUGUGUGUGUGUGUGUGUGUGUGUGUGUGUGUGUGUGUGUGUGUGUGUGUGUG